GCGCGCGCCACUCCCCUCCUCAGUACGAAGCCGUCAGUCGAGGUCGGCCGCCAUGUUCAACAAGAAGACGAUGGUUCUCUAUUGCGGCGGCUCCCCAGGAUUGGCACCGGCCGCCCCUCAGUCCCCCGGAGGCGGCGGAGGCGGAGGCGGCGGAGGCGAGGGCACCUUGGCUCUCCUUCCCGGCGGCGUUCGAGGAGGCCUGAGCGGGGGGCUGUGCUGGCCUCCCGCCGGCUGCGCUGAGGGGCCUCGAGCGCUGAUUGGCGGAGGGCCGCGCGCAGGGCCCCUCCCGCUGAUUGGGCCCCCGGACGCGGCCGCGCGCGCGCUGAUUGGCCAGGCGCCGCCGCCGCCGCCACCGGCGACCCCCGAAGAGGAGCUGGACGGCUGCGAGCCCGAGGCGGAGACCGGAGUGGAGCCUUCCGCCGCCUCUUCCUCCGCCCCGCCGUCGCCCGGGGACCCGCUGCGCCAGGUGACGCUGCAGCUGGUGGCCUCAUACCUGCGAGAGGCGGCCGACCAGGAGCCCCCCAAGCAGGACGGCUGCGGCGGCGGCGGGAAGUUCCUGCAGGGCCUGCUGGGCCGCUUCGGUCCCUGCCCCGCCGAGGCGGAGACGGCGGCUCGGGCCCUGGAGACGUUGCGGAGGGUCUGCGACGACAUCACGGAGAAGCACCAGCUGGCCUUCCAAGGAAUGCUGAGGAAAGUGCAGAUCGACAAAGCGGAUGACUUGAAGCUUAUGUCGGAAGUUGCAACACAAGUUUUCAACGAUGGCAUAACAAACUGGGGGCGAAUUGUGACUCUCAUUUCUUUUGGUGCCUUUGUUGCCAAACACUUGAAGAGCAUAAACCAGGAAAGCGGCAUCAGCACUUUGGCGGAGAUUAUCACGGAGGUGCUGGUGACAGAGAAGAGAGAGUGGCUGCUGCAUCACAACGCCUGGGAGGGCUUUGUUAAAUUCUUCCAUGUAGAGGACCUGGAAGGCAGCAUCAGAAACAUUCUGGUGGCUUUUGCAGGCGUGGCUGGCCUAGGAGCGAGCUUGGCUUACUUGAUCCGGUGAGCCAAAACGGGGGGGCUCUCCCGAGUGGAGCUUAGCUUUGGACUACUCGGUUCCUGCUGUGAGUAGAAAACUGAGCUGUUCUCCUCUUGCCAAGCGGGAAGCAGGACAGCCGGAACACCCCAUGAAGAAGGAUUGCUAUGAACUGUCCGGGAUAGGAAGGUCACCCAGCAAGGAUGUCUUACCAAUGGAAGUCGCUUUUCCCAAGGGAAGAAACGUGUGCCCUCUGCUUCACUCCCAUGAAGCGAGGAGGACUGAAGCCCUGUGCAGGAGGAGGGGUGCUUGGACUGGCGGCAUCUGGGCUCGGGAGGAAAGGCCGCUGGAUGCACUGAGCAGCGGGUGAUCUGUUUGCACAGGGCGACAAUCGUGCCCUCCUGUCUUUUGGAGAAUAACGCUGGGCCCGGAGGGGUGUUUGGGCCCAGCCUCGUCCUUAAAGACUUCCGGGUGAUCUCUGGGAAAGGAGAGAAAAGGCGUCCUUCAGCCGCUCAUCAACACAUCGUAUUCUAAAGGGCUGACUGUGUUUUUGUUUUUUUAAUUUUUCCAUCUUUCUUUCCACUGCCCUCCUGAAAGCGUUACACUGCCAUUAAGCGUGUGCCCUCCCCUCUUGAAUCACACCUCGCUGCUCCCUGCAGCAGAGCUCAGUCUGCAACCAUGAUCAAUGCCAUUUGGGACCCAUGAAACCUGCAGAAAGAUUGCAAAGAGGGUUUUUUUUUUUUAAAAAAAAAGAACAUUCAGUUUGGAUUUGGUGACUCUUGGUUCCUCCCCCCUCUCCCCCAUCAAGCGUAUGCUUUGCAUUUCAGAAAACCUUUGUAUCCCAGUUCACAAGGUUAUCCAUGUGACUGUAGCGACCGGGUUAAAGUAGCAAAGUAUUUUGAAAACCCCUCUUGGGAAGAAAAGGAGCCUUUGGGGGCUUUUCCAUCGCCCUGCUUUGUUUUUUGAUUCUCAAGCUGAGUUUAAAGGUUCCUUAAAAAAAAAAAAAAAAAAAAAAAGCUAAACUUGCACAUGAAUGUCAUUUAUCCUGUAAGAAAACAAAAGAAGUUGUGUGAAUUAGCAGUGUGAGAUCCUGUGGUACAGGAACACACACCUUAUCUAGUCUGUGGGCAGCUUCCUGGGUGCCCUCCAGAUCUUUCAGCCUGGGUGUUUCUGGAGGAUGCCUGAUGGCCUUUUCUGAACCCUUUGGGGAUGAAACAGUUCGUAAGCUGCGUUUUCUUUGGCUUUUUUUUUCUUUUAUUCAGGAGAAUGGCUUCAGUUAAUAGGAGCAGGAGUUUUAAUUUGCAGUCCAGAAUUGCUUUUAGUUUUCACUGUGCAUCAGUCUAGACCAGGAGUAUCCAACCCAUGACCACUUUAAUAACCACGGACUUCAACUAGCGGGGGAAUUCUGGGAGUUGAAGUCCACAAGUGGCCAGGGUUGGACACCCCUGCUCUAGCCCAAAUAACGGCAGAGGUAAAAAAAAUCUUGGUGCGGUGCCGGAAGACCUUCUUGUUUACAUAAACUCUCUCAUAAAACCCAUUCAGUGAUUCUCUCAAUGGGAGGAGGGUCCUUCUGUUAAUACAGAAACCUGAAGUGUUUGUUUUCGCUUUGUGGCUGAAUGAUUGUCCCUUGUUCUUUUUUUCCGUCCCCCUUUAACGUUGCCAGGUAAUUCGUUGGCAGAUGAGGCUUAAAAUCCUGGACUGGCUUUUUUCUAUGGAGAGGCAGGGCUGGAGAUCACUUUUAGAACAGAACGAGAACCAGCCAGAUUCAGGGAUGGGACUAAACCUUGUUUCUUCAUUCAGGGUGGCCUGAAUUCUGGCUCGGGUCCUGGGGCUGUCUGAUCUGUGACUUGCCCCUCCUUUUUCCAAAUUGCUGUUCUGGGUGCACUUGAGGUGAUUACAAAGGCGCUGCAGUGACGUGCAAGGAAAUUAAAACAUUUCACACAGAUUAAGUUGCUCCCUUCUAUCUGCCUCCAGGACCCAGAAAUGUGGUUUAGAAGGAAAAAUUGAGACCAGGCUAUAGGGAAGUAUUUUCAUAGGGCUAAUAGAAUUGGCCUAUUGCAAUGCCUUGUGUGGGGGUUUACUGGCAGAGUAUGCAAAGUUUUUCCUUAGAAAUAUGCAAAAAAUGGCACUUCUCUAAGGUUCUGUUUAUAAACACUGGUGCCCUGUGUGUGUGUGUGUGUGUGUGUGUGUGUGUGUGUCAGCUAGCUGGGGUUUUUCUGUCCAACCAAACAGGCAGUGCCUGAGGUUCCCCAUUUUCACACGAGCAAACCGAUUCCAAGUGAGACCCGAUUGGGUUGGCCUGUCCGCUUUCCUCCUGUUGACUCAAACCCUUGACUCAAACCCCAGUGGCUGCGAAUAUCUCUCACGAGAAUCCAGAAGGAACAUGGGCAUUUUACAUUUUAAUAGCGCCCCCCCCCCCUCCAAAAGCCAUGAUUCCUUUUGACUUCUUGGCAGGUCAGAAGAACCAGUCUUGGGAGUUGUCUUUUCAUCAUCCCAGGUCCUCUUUGGCUGCUAGGCCACUGGGUUAACUUCUCUUUUUGUGGUAGGAAAGAAGGGAACGGUUGCAUGUAGCGAAAGCCAGAGAGAUGUUUAUUCUGAAGACCUUGACUUCCACAAGCCUCACUGAUUCCUCCUGCCCUGCCCACAUUCCUCCCAGGCAGAAUCACUGUUUUGCAACCUAGCAAUGAAGUGUUUAAUAUAUUAUGUGCUUGAAUGUUCCUCCGGAUUAAAUUAAUUUAACCCUUGGCUGUUCAACUUGUCGGUAAUGUUAUAUACAUUGGGCAGGCUUCCCUGUCUUAGAAUGUCCUGCUUUGAUGAAGCAGAGGAAUGUAUUUGUCUGAAUAUUGCAAAUGUUCUUUUGGGAAUUGACCAUAAAAAGUUCAUGUAUUAGUAGACUCUUAAUCCAAUGAGGUUCUUUGAACUCUCCCCCCCACCUCC